AUGGCCGACUCAAUUGAGUCUUCUACUGACGUGCUUAUCAUUGGCGCGGGCCCGUCGGGGCUGAUGGCUGCCUACUGGAUGGCACGCUGUGGCAUCGAUGCUCGUGUGAUUGACAAGAGAGGAAUCAAGAUCUUCAGAGGUCAUGCAGAUGGACUCAGGAGUCGAACCCUGGAGUUACUCGACAGUAUGGGCGUUGCCCAACGUGUCCUCCAAGAAGGACACGAACUGUUCAGUAUGUCGUCUUGGGCACCUGACGAGAAUGGAAAGCUGAGUCGUCAGGGGUCCGCUGAAUUGGAAAUCACUCCGCCAUACGUUAUGGUUGCGUUGAAUCAGGGUCGCAUCGAGCGUUUCCUCCUUGACACCAUCGAGGAAUCUUCCAAUCUCGAAGUAGAGAGAGGUGUUAUUGCCGAAUCGCUGCAUUACGAUGAAGGUCCUGAGAGCGAUUCACAAGCUUACCCCAAUCACGCUCAAGAACAAGGUCGGCACGGUCGGGACGCUGAGAGCCAAGUAUGUAAUUGGUGUGAUGGGGCUCAUAGUUGGACACGAGAACAACUGAAUAUCCCCUUCGAAGGAUCGACGACAGAUCACGUAUGGGGAGUUAUUGACAUUGUUCCAAUCACUGAUUACCCGGAUAUUCGCAGGCCGUGUAGCGUGAACAGCGUGUCCGGGAUAGUUCUGAUAAUCCCACGAGAGAAGAACACAGUUCGGUUCUACGUACCAUUGCAAGAGGAACACGAAUUUUCGCGGGACUUUGAUCGGUCGGCAGUGACACUGGAAUCAAUCCACCAGAGAGUGAAGAAAAUAAUGAGUCCUUUCCAUUUCGAUUACCAUGUUUGUAAAUGGUGGACUGUAUACCAGGUUGGUCGAAGAAUCGCACAGACAAAUGCAAAGGGUCGCAUAUACUUGGCUGGUGAUGCAGUCCAUACACACUCGCCUAAGAUAGGAAUGGGUAUGAAUAUGAGGAUGCAGGACGGCUUCAACAUUGGUUGGAAAGUUGCUCUUGUCGUCAAAGGACUCGCACGCUCUUCAAUCCUCGAUACCUACAAGUCCGAGCAUUAUCCCCUUGCCGAAAUGCUCCUCGAGUUUGACCGUCAAUGGUCCGCAUUUUUCUUACACCGAGAGCAGCAAAGCGGCCACCCAGCGCCAGUUCUGAAGGAGAAAUUGGCAGCCAUGAGGGACGUUAUGCGCGAGACCGAGCAUUUCUCUCAGGGGCAUACUUCCUAUUACAAGGCAAGUCCAUUGGUUUGCAAGGUGUCGAAGGCAGUAGCCAAGCAUCUCUCACCGGGUGAAAAGCUUCUUCCCGUUGCUAGAAGCGAUGGGCGGUUCCGUAUUCUGCUUUUAGCUGGGGAUAUGCGAUCAAAGGAGCAGGCAAGUCGUGUAUGGACAUGCGGCGAUAUAUUGGCUGGUCUCCUCAAGCAAUUUACCCCGGCGAAAUAUAAGCUUGACUUGGCUAUUGACGUCAAAGCAUUCCACAGCGCACCUUUUGAGGAUGUGGAACUGGAUAUGUUCCCUAGCAUCGUGCACCAUUUCGACAAGGACGAAGGCUGCGACUUAACCAAGGUAUGGAGUGACAGCAAAUGCAACUGGGGACAACAAUCCGACGGAAACGCGGGAGCGCUCAUUGCUAUGCGACCCGAUCAGUACAUUGGAUGGAUGGGUGAGCUGGAGGGUGCCGCCGAUUUGACCAGCUACUUCCAUGGGAUCUUUGUGGAGAGGAAGGUUCGACCUGCGUUGUAA